UUUAAGACACAGCACCUGAUCAGAUGAUGAAUCAUUUCAACUGACGAUCUCUCACAGGUUCUAUCAACAUGUCACCACUCGGCAGUUCCCGUCUGAUGGCCAAAUGUUGGCUAACAUUAGCUGUGUGCAUCGCUGCAUUCUGGUGCCAUCCGGUGCCUGAUAGUAGCAACACUGCAACCACAGGUGCCUCGCGUCCUUCUUUGAAAGUGGAAGAACUGGAACAAUUGAAUGAAUUCGCCGACAGCGACUAUCCCGAUAUGAUGACCGAUUUCCUCCGCUUGAGCACAGCAAUGCCGACCGUGGCGGCAUCUACCAAGAGUUUCUUAGUCAACACGCCAUCGACUUCGACUCUACCGCCAUCGACGUCAGCCAAGACUACUACGAAGCCUUCCAUCGUAAACAACGUAUCCGCAACUUCUGGCGUGGCCACCGCCAAGUUCAUCCCGACCGUGACAACGACAACUACUAGGAAACCUACGACAGCUAUUAACACGACUCCCGCAAUAAUCGAAGAGACGACAACAAUUCUUCCUCGAGUCCAAAAAGAGCAAACAUCGGCUCCUGUUAUUGCUACUCCAGUGGCUUCCGUUGAAAAAUUACAAGCCAUAAACAAACCGGCCGGGUUAAACGAGAUUGAAACAUCGCAAAAGACAGAUAUGCAAACAAAGCCUACGGCUGUUGUCACUCAAACGACGGCCAAUCCCAGCUCGGCUACGAUGCAACAAAAACCGAUUCCUAGUCCGGCCGCUACUUUGGUGCAACAGACCGCCACCAGUCCAGCACCUUUUAAUGAACAGUGGCAGCCAAACUUUACAGGAUUGGGCCAACAGCAAGCACCAUCAGCUAUCCCGCCGGCCGUGGUAUUUAAUCAACCACAGCAACAGCAGAUGGCGGUUGGCGGUGCCACUGCAAUCCAGCAAACAACUAAUCAGGUGCAAACAGCCGCGAGCAAUUGGCCACGCCAGCAAGUCCAGGUACCGAAUUUCGCCCCAAUGGCAGUGCCCAACGUGCAGCAACAUCAACCUAUGAUGCAACAUCCAGCCAUGGUCCAGCAAAUGGUGCGCAAUCCUGCCUUCCAACAGCAGCAACAGUUCCAGACGAUGUACCAAAAUCGAGUUCCGGCCACAGCUCAGGCAUCGACCAAUGCGAAACAAAAAGUUAAACCGUCGUCUACCAUCUUGACUCCGCUCGCUAAUCCGAUGAUGGGCAGCAAUAGGCGGCCCGUGUAUUUUGUAGGAGGUAAUGGCGCUCCCGCUAAUUUGCUCCCGCUCUCUGCUUGGCCACAGUUGAUGUCCAACGGCGUUCAAACGUCCCCGCCAGUAGCGACCGCGUCGGUCUAGUUCCAGUACCGUCCUGCGUCGUGUAAAAAAAAAAAGAACGAACUUUUAAAUCUCAAAUCUCAUCUGUUUCAUUUCCUCAAUUCUUAUUUUCUCGUCGUGACUAUGACUAAAUACACCAAAUAAUGGCUGGCCUUUAUUUAUAAAAAAAACAAAAAACAAA